GGCAUACGCUACUUUCAUCAUUUUCGCUUUGUUGAUUUUAUUUGUUUUCUUUUUACAAAAAUGCUCAAAUUUCCGCUUUAAAAGGAAAAAUUGAAAAGAAAUUGGUGUACAGGGAAAGAAUAGAACACAAAAGUGCCUCGUGCCAUAGAAAAGUGCCUUUUAAGUGCCACAGAUGCUGAGUUAUGAGAAAAUUCUGUGAUAUAACCUAAAAUUUUCCGGAGGUUUGUUUAUGUCGCGCUAAAAUUUUGAAGAAAAGCCGGGAAAAUGGAUCAGGGUGUUAGUUUGUUCCAAGGGAAUCCCAGUAUUCAGGUGGCUGAUAAUUCGGUGGAUUAUGACGAGGAAGAAGAGGACCGAAGGCGUCGAGGAGCUGAGAUACAAAAUGAACUCGAUCGGAUGUUUGAGGAUGAAACGGCAGAUGAAUCUGAACACUUUAACAAUAACUUCGGCGCGCAAGGGAAUCCCCAGCAACCAUGGCAAAUGAGAGCACCCACACAGGGUGGGACCUUUAUCCCCGUUGCAGGGGAUAUGCCACGUCAGGGUGGAGAAGAUGGACAAAUGCAGAGAAUCCUGGAGAUAAGGACGCAGGAAGCAUUUGAACUGAAGAAGACGCUGGCAAAUGAGAAGAAGGCACAUGAGAUGGAAAUGGGGAAAUUAGAAAAAUGCUUGGCAAUUGCAAAUGCAGAGAAGGAACGUGCCAUAAUGACCCGGACGCAGGCCAAUGAUCUCCUGGUUGAGAGUAAAGCAAAAUGUUCAGAACUCAAUUCCACCGUGGCGAGACUUCAGGCAAAAGUGCAGGAGUUACAGAAGCAAAAUUCCGAUAUGCUCGUGGAGAUUGAUAGUACAAAUCGAAUGCUUAAGGAUUCGGAAAUGGAACGACGACGGGUUGAGGGUAAUGCAUUGCAGAGGAAAGAGCAAUUGCGGGAAAUGGAGAGAAAAGAAGCCGAAGUGGAGAAGCUGCAGCAGCAAGUGAAUGGUCUGCUGAAGAAGGUGGACGAUCGAGAGUUGGAGCUGCGCACGUGGGAGAAGAGAUACAAGGAGUUGGAGAGAAGCAGAGAAGCCAUCAUUGUGGAGAAGACAGAUACAAUAAAUGACUUGAUGCGGACACUCGGUGAGACGCAGGAGCAGUGCAAUGACCUCCUCAGUCGACCUGAUCUCAAACAUGAGAACUUCCAGCUGAAGCAGCACAUUGGUGCACUGGAAAAGCAAGCAGAUGAAAUGCAGAAACGCAUUGAAGGUCUCACAAUGCAGCUACAUUCAACGAAUCAAGAAAUGAAUCUCAUGGAGACCUUAGCGGAUGGAUCACCAAUUAAUUUUGUCACUGCAGACCGAAAACUCCCGAGUAGUACCCCGUUGUCGGUGGAAACAAAGCACCUCACAAUCAGAGAUGAACUGUAUCGUUCCCUGGGAGCCCUGAAGGAAAAACGCGAAGACAUUCGAAAGCUACAGGAGGAAGUUCGUGCGAAAAGCUUGGAGAUUGAAUCUCUCAAGGAAGCCAAUAAUAAUUCCUUGAUAAAGAUUGCUGAAUAUGAGAAAGAAGUCAUGAAAUUGACUCAGAAAUUGCGUCUCUAUGAGAAGGAAUCCAAGGGGAAUCACAGAAUUUCCGAUGGAAGUGAUGAUCUCAAGGAAAUUACGUGCAAAUUUUGUGGGGAAUUCUCAGACACAGCGCAAACUCUUCUCAGGGAAUCUCAGGUGGAAAUUGAAAAGCUCAAAAAUGAAUAUUGUUCCCUCUCGUCCGCCAAGAAUGACUUACUUCGUGAGAUAAAUGAGCUAAAAUCGCAGGAUUUUGUCAAACAACUUGAACGCUUGCAAAAUGAAUGUGAUUCCCUGAAAAGGGCCCUUGAAGACAAAGAGGACACAAUUAGGGAGAAGGAGAAAUUGAUUGAAAAGCAUAAAUGGGAUUUUGAGAAGGAAGUAGCUGUGCACAAGGAGAAACACGAAAAAGAUAAACUGGAAAACAUCACGAAAUGGCGAUCACAGAGAAAUGACUCUCGUGAUUGCAGCAAUUGUCUCAAUCAGUUGUCUGACAUCACGAAACAGGAAAUUGCGAAUAUUCAACUGCAGAAAGACUGUGCCAAUUAUCUGCGUGAGAUCAAUCAUCUCAGGGCUGAGCUUAAGGAGUCAGCUGAUACUGUGAAUGAUCUCCAUGCGAGACUGGGUCUCAAGGAGGAACAGAAUCGUGUGAUUGCGGACCUAAAGGAGCAGGCGGCGAAAUUUGGGGAAUUCAUAAAAAAUUGCAGUACCGCUUCGACGCCGCAGAAAGUGGAUUCGCGCGACGCUAGUGUUUCCACAUCACCAGACAUGGAGGGCGGCUACAGGGAUCCUGGGCUGAUUGAUCAGUACGCAAAGGCCUAUGCGGAGGAGAUUAAGAAACUUGAGUUGGAGCAUAGGCAGAAGGAAUUACGUGCUGAGGAGGCAUUCAGGAAACUCACGGCCUAUCGGGAUGAGAUGCAAAAGGAAUUUGAGCAGAAAAUUCACAUUUUACGCGUGGCCAUUCUGUCCGAGAGGAAGGAGUACGAGCAAGUUAUCAAGGACAAGGAGACUGAGAUGGAACAUUCAACGGAGGAACACAAUAAAAUUGUAAAUAAGUACAAACAGGACUUGAAUAGGUUGCGGCAGCAAAUCGAGGAAUUGCAGCAGAUGGUACGUGAAUUGAAGAAGCAAAAUGAAACGGAGAAGAAUGCUGUGAUGGACCUCAUGACUGAAUGGAACUUAGAGAAGAAGAAUGUAAAAUUGCGUGAAGUUGAGAUGCGGAGGCUACUUGAGGAGACAACGCAGAAGUACGAGGGUGCCAAGCAGAAGGCACUAAACUACAAGAAAUACUCAGAACAGCAAGAUGCUCACAUGAAGAAGGAAUACGACAGGAUAAAGCAAUCCUAUGAAUCGUAUAAAAUUAAAUUGGAACAACGAUUGGAUGAAUUGAAGAAAAAUUACGAGAAAAUUAUGGAUGAAAAAAUCACGAAAAUGGAAGAUGAGUACGUGAGAAAAUUGGAAAGAUUCAAGGAGACGUAAGGAUAAAAAAAAAGAUCCCAUUUAAAUUUUGCAUUUAAUUAGAAGUUUUAAUUUAAAUUAAAAUUGAAUUUUAAAAAUGAAAUUUUAUAGAAAAAAAUGAUGUUUUUUUUUCAAAUAUCUUAUACUCGCACUAUUAAUGUAGUAAACAACUUUAAUUACCUAAAUCAUAAAACAACAACAUAUAAAUCGCACGCGCUUGAAGGCAAUUUUAUAGUAAACCCCAAAGGUUAUUCAUUCAAAGGUUAUUUAUAAAAUGUAUAAAAUUACGGUAAGAUGUCCUAUUGCUUAUGACGCAAAUUCAUUUUUUAAAGAGUCCCAUUUUGUGCACAAGGCCUCACUUCACUAUUAUACUCUACACAUUCUCCAAAGAAAGGCAGAUGAAUGCUUUUCAAUAGAUUCUGUGUAAACAUUCUAAAGAAAAUCCGAAGCUUUUGCGCAUUUCCAUUAAGAUUUUAAUUGUCUUUUUCUCAUUCAAACUUUUUAGUUUUUUUUUUCACUUUCACUGAUUAACAUGCAUCAAUGAGGGUCAAAAGCUUUUGUUAAAAAAUGUCCUGGUUUGCGAAUGUUUUGUUAAAAUGUUUCUUAGAAUAAAAAAAAGUUCUGAGUAUAUCGUUAAACACUCAAAGAAUAACUUCUAAAUAAUAUA